AUGAUUGUGAGAUGUACAACUGUCCAUGAAUGUGAUUUGAGGUUCGUAAGUGACGAGCAUCGUCAAGCAACCGUAGCACUUGUGGCUUCAUUUAAAAGGAAGUUUAAGGAUUCUGGGAUAAUAUACACACCAAAUGACAUUAUGAGAGAUGUGAAACACAACUUUGGUUUCACCAUCCAUUAUUCGAAAGCUUGGAAAGCAAGGGAGUUAGCUCUAUUGUCCAUUAGAGGAUCAACAGAGGAGGCAUAUUAUAUCCUUCCAGCUUAUUGCUAUGAAUUGGAGCGUAUGAAUCCCGGCACAAAAACACACAUCCAAACUGAUGAGAACAAUCACUUUGUAUAUUUAUUUAUGGCGGUUGGCGCAUGUAUUAGAGGGUUUCAUUCUUCCAUGCGCCCAGUGAUAGCCGUGGAUGCCACUCAUUUAAAAUCCAAGUACAAGGGUGUUAUGUUUGUAGAAAAUGCAUUCGAUGGUAAUCGAAAUAUAUUUCCUCUUGCUUUUGGGAUCGGGGAUUUGAAGACAGAUGCAUCAUGGCAUUGGUUUUUCACUAAACUUCAUGAAGCCAUUAGUGAGUGUCCCAAUCUUGUUAUUAUAUCUGAUCGCAAUGUUGCGAAAUCUUAUUCCAUUGCUGAAUUUGAUUGUCAUUUUCGCAAGAUCAAGCGAAAGGAACAUGUUGCUCAAUAUCUUGAAGAGCCAGGGUUAUAUAAGUGGUCUAGAGCUCACAUGGAUGGACGCCGCUACAAUGAUGCACUGCCACUGGUUCAUUUGAUAGGGGAAAUUAUUAAUCUCCUUGUGAAAUGGUUCACCGAACGUCAUGAGUUGGCUUUGAAUUGCACAACAACAUUGUGCCCCAAUUUUGGAGAGAAGAAGUUGAGGAAUAGGUUGGAGGAUGCUGCAAGGAUGAAUGUCGUUAAAGUAAAUUACACACAGUUUAAUGUUUUGGACGGUGAUAUGGACGGCCUCGUAGAUAUUACGAACAACAGUUGUAGAAAGUUUAAGCUUGAGCAGCUACCUUGCAAGCAUGUAGUUACAAUUUGCCGCUUCUUGAAAGUAAAUGUAUACUCGAAGGCUUCUCGGUAUUACAGUCAGAAAACCUGGAUGGAUGCUUAUUCGGAUAGCAUCUACCCGGUACAGCCUCACGGAAUGUAG